AUGGACCGAGACCUGGGAACGCAUUACCAGGUCCUGGGUGUGCAGCCCACGGCUUCCGCGGAGGAUAUCCGGACGGCUUUCCGUCGCCUGGCCAAAUCGCUUCAUCCCGACCACAACAAGCUUCCUGGUGCUCGGGAGAAAUUCCAAGAAGUCAAACAAGCCUAUGAUGUCCUGGUGGAUACGUCCAGCCGAACGGACUAUGAUCGAGAGCUUAAAAUCCAGGCAAUGGCAGCGGCAGCGGCAGCGGCGCAGGCCGCUGCGGGCGGCCGGCGUGCAUCCACUCUUAGCUUCCGACGGAGCCGGGCGGCGGGAUCGUCUAAAGCCCAAGCCGCUGCGCGCCCUGCCUCCGGGGACGACUUUGACGCCUUCACCGCGGGCAACACCUCCCCCAACGGAAGCAGUAGCCCAGGCUCCAACAGUGGCGUUGUUGGGAGUAGCAGCUACAACAGUAUCUUCAACGAGACGCGGCGCUCAGUCAGCCGAAGCAGAAGCGCGAGCCGCAGCCGCAGUCCCGGUUACCGGAGCGUCUUUGACGGCCUUCCUAGGGCAGCAACGCCGUCCGCUGCAGGAAUGCCGGCCACUGCAUCGCCAUCGCCACAGCCGCCACGUCCAUCUGUUACGCCCCAGGUGUCGUACGCCAGAGCUAGUGGCAGUAGCCAACAGCCGCCAGGCACCUUGACACUACAGACUUGCUCUACUCCUGCCCAUACCGAUGAUGGCAGCAGCGCGCCGCUGACGAGCAGUGCGGCACUGCAGCCGCCGCCGCCGUCGCCGCCUAAGGGCAUUCAGGCAUAUGGCGUCAUUUCCACGGCACCCCCUUCGCCAUCGGGGCUACCGCCAUCCAGCCCAUCGGUGGCAGCCGCAGCGCCAGUGUCAUCACCAUCAUCAUCAUCAUCGGGCCCAGCACCGUCGUCGCCGUUGGGCUCCUCCAUUGGUGACGUCGCAUCAAAGUUGGUGGCGUUGGCAGCCGCGACGGCGCCAGCCCCCCGGAGCGGUAGCGGCGGCAGCUCCAGCGGCGGCUACAUCAGCAUCUUUGGCGGCGCUGCGAACUACACGGCUGUCGCCGUUGGCGGCCGGGCCGCCAGUCCUGAAAAGACGAGUAGUAGCAGCACCGGGACCAGCAGUAGCAACAACAUUGGGCGCGGUAGUAGCGGCGGCAGCUCUACCGGCGGCAUGUUGGCGGAGGCCGCCCCCGCCCCCAGCGCGGCCUUCCAGGUCACCGUGUCGCCCAAGGCUGUCAAGGACACAGCUGCCAAAUUCCACGGUAUGCGCACGGUGGUGGUGCUGAGCUCGAGGAAGUCGCUGAUUAUUCCGCUAAGAUUGGCAUGGAGCAGUGAGUGCGCGUGCGGCGAGUGCACCUCGCUCGUACUCUGAUGAAGGGACAGGUAUGCGAUGAUGUGGACGAUGAGGUGUAGAGGCGAUGAUAAUGGAUGCGUGAGUUAUGAGUAUGUACGCAUAUUAAAAUUUGUCUUCGGGCUGAGUUUAUGUCGGCGGCUACAUUAAUGACGCAUCUUUGCGAACUGCGCUCGCAUUUGCUGGGCGCUGGCAUUCUUCGACCACCUGGGGAGCGGUAGGGUUGCGGUUGGACCAUGGCAUCGUAACGCCGUGGAAGAAUACACUAUCAACAUUGUUUCAUUUCAACGCGGUGUUUCAUGUCGAGGCACAGCUUCUCUUUUGGGGUAACCGUCUUGACGUGGUGUGUGAUGCACCCUAAAAAUGACCCCAGGGUGUGGUGUGGUGUGGUGUUGGAAGCGAGCUGGUUGAGGUAAUUUAGGAAUACGUAGGAGAUUAACAUUCUAGAGCGAUCGUGGACGGCGUAGUGGAUGGGGAGUAUCGGUACGGAUUGUAUCAUUGUGAGUGAUAAGUGUGUGAUCAUGCAUGUCGAUCCCAGCCACUGUUGGAAAUGAGGUGCAAAAGGUCUGCAAGCUUAACUCUUAGGACGGAGGGAUAUAAAACAAGGCUUUGGUGCCUUUUAUUCAAGGUAGGGUGGUUUGAUGGCAAGAGUAGCAGGGCCAGAGGGCAAGGAGAGCGAAUGGCUCCGGUGUAACAUAUGCUGUUGGGAGGAAUGAGGCAUUCUGGCAACUACGUGUAGCUGGAUCUGUUCAAAAACUACGUUGUGUCUGUGCUUCUGCUGAAGUUGUGUCGUCCGACCUCUCCUGGCAGUGUUAGAAUAUAUUUGAUAAUGCAUACUCUUAUAUGUAACUACGUGGUAAU